GUUUUACUUUGACUUCUCCGCAGCUUACAUAGGAGCAGGGAUGAUCUGCCCUCACAUUGUAAACAUAUCAGUCCUGCUCGGAGGAAUUCUUUCUUGGGGUAUUAUGUGGCCUCUAAUUGAUACCAAAAAAGGUGAUUGGUACCCUUCGGACCUUGCACCUAAUAGCAUGAAUGGCCUUCAAGGUUACAGGGUAUUCAUUGCCAUUGCUGUGAUCCUUGGUGAUGGGCUGUACAAUUUCUUCAAGGUUUUUAGCCGAACACUUUACGCAUUGUCUAGUCAGCUCCGACAAAAGGACAUUAUCAUUCUCCCCACUGCAGAUCGUCAAACUCUUAAAACAAAUCCCGAAGAAGAUAAUCGCCUCUCUUUCGACGAUCGACGUCGCACACAAAUGUUUCUUAAAGACCAAAUUCCUACAUGGUUUGCUGUUGCAGGCUAUGUUGCGAUAGCAGCAAUGUCGACAGCAACUCUUCCGCACAUUUUCCCCCAACUCAAAUGGUACUACAUAUUGGUUAUUUACAUCUUCGCUCCCACCUUGGCUUUCUGCAAUGCAUAUGGCUGCGGACUCACAGAUUGGUCCCUUGCUUCCACCUACGGAAAACUCGCCAUCUUCACGAUCGGAGCAUGGGCCGGUUCCUCCCAUGGUGGGGUUCUUGCUGGACUAGCAGCAUGUGGGGUCAUGAUGAACAUUGUCUCAACAGCCUCGGAUUUAACCCAAGAUUUCAAAACCGGAUACCUAACCCUAGCUUCUCCUCGUUCGAUGUUUGUUAGCCAAGUCAUCGGUACCGGGAUGGGCUGCGUAAUCUCUCCUUGCGUCUUUUGGCUCUUUUUCAAGGCUUUUAAAGACCUUGGGGAUCCUGACAGUCAAUAUCCUGCCCCUUAUGUUGUUGUGUACCGUAACAUGGCGAUACUCGGUGUAGAAGGGUUCGAUUCGUUGCCGAAUUAUUGCCUCACGCUUUGUUUCAUAUUUUUUGCUGCGGCGGUUUCGAUCAACCUUGUUAAGGACUUCUUGGGGAAGGAAAAGGGAAGGUUUAUUCCUAUUCCAAUGGCGAUGGCAAUACCUUUCUACAUAGGGCCAUACUUCGCCAUUGAUAUGUGUGUUGGAAGCUUGGUCGUGUUUGUGUGGGAAAAGUUGAACAAGGCCAAGGCGGAUGCUUUAGUUCCCGCUGUGGCUUCGGGCUUGAUAUGUGGUGAUGGGAUUUGGACAUUGCCUGCUUCAAUACUUGCGGUUGCUGGGGUUAAGCCACCGAUUUGCAUGAAGUUUCUUUCAAGGGCAGCUAAUGUCAAAGUGGAUAAAUUCUUGGACUCAUCAUAAAGAUAUAUAGGUUUCACUGAUAAUAUUGGAUCUACAUGUAAGAAUUAAUGCAUAUGGAUAUAUUAGAACUGCGUGUGGUAUGGUGAACAUGCCUAUACCAAGGACAUGUUUGUGAUAUUUGUAUUACUCUUGAUAAUCUGUAUAUGUUCUAC